AUGGGCGAAGAUUAUUCAGCCAACAGCCAGUCAAGCUUAACUAACGAGUUAGGCGAAGUUCCCCGUGGGAUUUUGGCGAUGCCUUUUCCUCCCUCGCUUAAGUUGCUGCCUUGGGACAGAGAGGACGACCAAAUAGGCAGGUCAGCCCUGCGCGGUCAGCUCCACGUUUGGGUUCAGGUUCCCGCAACGAUGGACGGGCGCGGCAACGAUUGGCCAGGGCUGGAUGGUGGUGGAGGAGAUGGUGUGAAGCCAUCAAUCAGCCCAGAAGGGAUGGAUGGAUGUUGGAUAGAGUGGAAAAAGAUUACUCGCCAAACCUGGGCCGACCCGAAUGUUAGGCUAUCUGUGUACAAUCCGUGGAUGAAUGAGACCAAUUACCCAAGGGGGAAAAGGCACCAAGACCGGGCUGCGUGA